CACGCCACCCUCCCUCAUCCUUUGUGACAAACACAAAAUGCUGCCCAAGUCUGCCACAAUACCCGGCGCCGGAAAAGCGAAGCUUGAACGGGUCACAGCCAUCCUAGCCAACCUCGACGCCAACCUCGACACGAACAAGCUUUCCCCCAAGCAGCGAACCGAGCUACUAGAAGAACUCAAAGUCCAUGGACGAGCUGUGGAGAAUGCAGACCCCAUAUUCACAGAGGAUGGUAUUCGGACCUUGUCCCGCCAUGCCUUCGAGAGCAACGACUCCAAGACCUCGCAGGAGGCCCUUCGAUGCCUUGCGAAUGCCCUACUGCUCCAGCCGAAAACACGCCAAAGCCUCGUAGAUUUGGGGUAUGCCCCUAAAGCGGCGGAGAAGAUGAAGAGCGAGAACUAUGAUGACGAGUUCCUACUCUCACGCAUUCUCUUCCUCAUGACCUACGAUACCACCCUCGACUACGAAAAGCUUGUCAACGAACAGCAGUUGGCCGAAAGCAUCAACCUCGCCCUUGCUCGACAUGCGAAAAAGUAUUCCAAGUCCGCUCGACGCUUGUCGCAGACCAACAAUCCAAUGGAGCCCAUGGCACUUUCCGAGACCCUGAAGCUAUUAUUCAACAUCACGCAUUUCUACCCCGACCUCAGUGAACACUUCUCCAAAUCGAUACCUCAUAUCUUCAAGAUCCUCACCCGCAUGAAGAUACCAAAUCCUCCGUUGCAAGCACCCAUAAAUUACUUAGUCAAUGCCCUCAUUAACCUAGAUCUAGAAGAUAAGAAGUGCCAACAACUGAAGUUCGUAGGUAUGAACGCGGUAUUCCCCAAAUUUGACGCAAAGUGCAAUGCGGAGUACCUCAUCAACAUCCUCGACAAUGCCAUUGUAGCAUACACAGAAGCCGAACUCGAUAACACUAUCUCACCCGUACUCACCCUCACCCGCCGUAUAUAUGAGAUCGCCCCAGAUAGUGUAAAGAAGUAUAUGGAGUGGUUACUUCUUCCUACCGAUGAGGAACGCAGUCGACCGCUUGGCAAGUCCGACACUCUCUCCGCACGUCUCCUGCGUCUGUCUACCUCAGCUAUGACGCCAAGCCUGCGCGGCUCCAUCUCUGCCAUGAUGUUUGAGCUUUCUGGCAAAGAUGCGACGAAGUUUGUGCAUAAUGUUGGAUACGGUUUUGCUUCCGGCUUCCUUCUCUCCAAUAACAUACAGAUGCCCGAGAAUGCAAUGGAAGCGCACGCUACGGGUUCUAGUUCAGAAAAGGGCAUUCUAGUGAACCCUAUUACAGGGCAAAGACUCGAUAUGGAGGAUUCCGCGGAAGAAGCACCCAUGAGUGAAGAGGAAAAAGAAAGGGAGGCCGAGAGGCUAUUUGUUCUCUUUGAACGCCUUAAAGCAACGGGGGUCGUGGACGUAAAGAAUCCGGUCGAAGAAGCCAUCCAAUCUGGUCGAAUUGAAGAGCUGCCGGAUGACCAUGUCGAAGAUUAACUUUCUACUCCUCCGCCGUCUUUCAGGUUUAACUCCUCUUUCCGACAUGCCAAUCGUGCACCGCAAGGCGUUUCAGUGUAGCUUCCCAAACAGAGACUCGUCCCUGGGUCUCUCAUUCUUUUAAUCAUAGAGGUCGUUCGAUUCAUCUCGGGCAUUUGGUGAAUGCUCUGCUUUCGACUGAUUAAGUCGCUAUAUCUAGAUAGACCUUCUCCAUUCCUAGCUAGUUGCACGAUAUAGCUGCAACUGUGGCCAGAUUCCUGCACGAAUUGAACUAUCC